CAAGCUUUUAGGAUUUCAGCAUGAACAACAACACGUUGAACAUAACCAACCAGCGCACUGCUGCUGCGAUGAGUCAAAUCUACUUCCUGGUGGUCUACCAAACGGCGGUGAUGAUAGUUUCCCUAUUGGGAAACCUAUUCCUGCUCUUCGUCAUUUUUCGUGCCAACCAAGUAAUGAAACGACGGGUGUCACCAGUUCAACUUCUCAUAAUUCAUACGUGCGUUGCUGACCUUCUCUUUGCUCUUUUGUCUCUGGGCACGGAAAUUUUGACGUUGCGAACAUAUCCUCAAUACUAUGGCUCAAACUUUGUAUGCAAAUUGAUGAGAUAUGUACAAAUGUUCCCAAUGUAUGCAAGCCCUUUUCUGCUGGUUGCAAUCAGCGCGGACCGGUAUCAGGCAAUAUGCCGUCCACUGGCUCACUUCCGCUCAUCACGAUAUCGUCGUCCAAAUUGGAUGGCUGCAAUUGCCUGGGGCCUCGCCUUGGUGCUCUCCAUUCCGCAAUUUUUUGUCUGGACGAAGCACUCGAAAACUGGACGCUGCUCGACUAUUUAUGGACAGAACAAGAACACCGUGAAAAUUACAUAUGUGAUCAUGUUCAACACACUGGCCUGGCUUCUUCCCUCAAUUCUUGCAGCAGUUUUUUAUUAUUGCGUUUGCAAAGCCGUCCGCCUAUCUUCGACAAAAUCAGUUAGAGCAAUGGAUAGUCAAAAAAGGAAUGGAAAAUACUCUUCUGGAGCAACCGAGGACUACAUCGAAGAGCUCCGCAAGAAAUCUAAAGGCUUCCGUCAGCAAAUGUCAGAGUUUGAUAGAAAACGUGUUCAGACAGUCCGUUUAACAAUCACAAUUGUUGCAUGCAAUUUCUUCCUUUGGAUGCCGUUCUGCCUUAUUAAUGUUAUUCAAGCAUUGUGGCCUGAGAUCUCACAUAUCAUGUUUAUCAAUUAUGUCGCUAUACUUGGAAAUCUAAAUUCUUGCCUUAACCCGUGGAUCUACAUUUUGUUCAACCGAUCACACGUUCGCAAGGCACUUUGUCGUUCAAGACGCUCGUUCACAGAAGUUACUAAAAAACGAAGUUUUGAAAAUUUCGAGUGUUCCUCAACAGCAACAAUGAACAAUAAUUAUAACAACUGUCAUGCUUACACCGCUUUCAGUAACCGGUCUCAACUGAAGUUUGAUUCAUAUGCAACAGACUCUACUUCCUUGAAGACCAACUCUAAUUAAACAUUACGAAAUGUUUUAAAAACCUAUUUAUUAAACUGUUAUCUAAUAAAUCAACGCGU